CGAAAGUAGAACAAUUUACUUCCUGUAUCGAUGUACUAGAUUAUUACGCCAUGCUAAAAUUUAUCUACAUGAAGGUCUAAAUUAUGAAGAAUGAAUCCUAAAACAAGUGCACAAGAUGUCCACCGAUGCGACAUGUGCGAGGAAAAUAUGGUGGACAUGCUUUGUUUCGUAUGUCCACAAAAACUGUGCAAAUCCUGCGUCGGAAAUCAUUUAGUUGAUGAUCCAGGAAAGCAUAAACUUGUCAAAUAUCAAGACAGAAAUACGGCACUCGUUCUUCCAACAUGUGACGAACACUCCACGGAACGAUGUAAAAACUAUUGCAAAGAAUGCGACAAAGCUGUUUGUCCAUCUUGCAUUCCUUCCAUUUCUCACGAGCGCCACAAAUUCUUAAAGAUUUCGGAUAUUUUUGAUACCAAAAAGGAAAUCAUAAGAAUCGAUACCCAAGAACUGGAGCAAACCGUAUAUCCUGCUUACAAAGGUAUUGUUGAGCAAGUAGAAUCAAAUGUGACGAAAGUAGAAGAAGGCUACGAAACACUAGAACAAAACAUAGAAAAACAACGCAAGAAGUGGCAUGAAGAAGUUGACAACAUUGUCCACAAGCUGAAAAACGAAACUGGCGACAUGAAGAAAAAACAGCUUAAAGCGCUGAAUGAACAUCUACAAAAACUGAAAGAACUUCUUGCUGAGGUCCGAGGAACAAUUGAUUCAAACAAAGACAUACUGAAUUCAUCCAACGUUUCGAAAUCGCUUUCGUACACAAGUAGAAAUCAGUCGUUGAAACAGUUUCCUGCAAAGCUAGAGGUAUCAGUUCCAUGCUUCUUGUCUCAGCCGAUGAACAGCGAUGUGAUUCUAGAAAUGUUUGGAGUCGUCACUGGAUUCUCAAUAUCAAACCAAGAUGGUGGAUACGAUCCCGAAUCACAGAGCAAACCUGCUACAUCUUCUGGCAAAGAUAUCGAAAUGGAUUUACUAAACGAACCACAAAUUAUAUCCAUUAUUGAAACAGAAAUUGAAUAUCCAGAGAAUGUAGCAUGUCAGAAGGAUGGCAAAAUAUGGAUUGCUGGCAGUAAGGGUAAAUUGAAGAUGUUUUAUGGGGUGCCCUUGAAUGUUUCUCGUCUUAGUUUUGGUGUUGUUGGUUCGUCUUUUGCUCUGAAGGAGCUCGAGUCUGAAACAGACGAUUGUCCUAAAGACAUUGCGUUAACGAGAACAGGUGAUCUGAUCUACGGGAAAAAACUCCGGAAUGUUGUUUAUAUUGCAAGGCAAAACAAAACAGAUGAACUGAUCAAUCUUCAUGACUGGGGGCUCUUGAGUUUCUGUACUACACCACGCGGUGAGCUUUUAGUUGCCAUGACAGAUGACAGAAAAUACAGAUGUAGAGUCGUCCGUUUUGAGGGUUCCAAAGAAAGGCAAAUCAUUCAAUAUGAUCACGAGGGAAAGCCCCUUUACACCUCCGGGAUGCUGAGAAAGUACGUCAAAGAAAAUCAGAAUGGCGAUAUUUGUGUAGCUGAUUGUAAUGCUGGGGCAGUAGUAGUGACCGAUAGAGCAGGGAAGUUUAGGUUUCGGUAUACCGGAAGUACCUUAUCUCAACAAGAGGCUCAAUUCCGCCCUGUGGGAAUCACUACUGACAGACAGGCUCAUAUUCUCGUCUCUGAUUCAUUGAACGUGCACAUCGUUGACAUGAACGGGCAGUUCCUCUGCUUCUUGAAUUUAGUAUUUAACGAUCCAUUGCGAAUAGCUACAGAUAGUGAUGACAAUCUUUAUGUAGUUGAAACAUCUGGCAUUGUGAAGAAAGUUCGAUAUUUGACAGAACUUAAAGGCACUCUCACUGAAUAUAUUCCAGGCCAUGUCGGACGGAAAAGGAUACUUGGGGCACAGAAGAAGAAAUAAAUUCAAGAUCAUUCAUGGUUCAAGAGUUGCUUCAUUUGAGCUCAAGAAAUCUCGUUUUAUAUAACCUUUGUCUACAAUGAAUGUACAUAACCAUUACCGGAAAAUUUAUAGCCGUUUCAGAAUAAGACAUAGUUACUUGUUGUACUGUGACGUGCCAAAAAAAGAUGCAACUUUUCCCGAAGUGACAGAACGUCUUUGUCAGUCAGCAAACUUUCUCGACAUUUCAAACUAUCAUAAAUUAAAAUAAUUGUAAAUUACACAACUGAUCAUGAAUAGGUUUUUUUGUAACAUGAUAUAACAGGGGUCUUUCUUCUUUUUGUAUGUUGAUUCUUUGGAAAUGAAAUCUUUUAUUUGCUUACAUUACAAUUUUUUUUAUGGGGGGGGGGUGUUCAAAACUAUCAACAAUCUAUUGCGUAACACCCAAAUCGAAAUUCUGUCACUCAAAUCAAAGUUUCUUUCCACUCUUUUCCAUACCUAUCCCACCAUUAUAUUUCUCAACUAGUCUACGAAUUUUGGAAAGUUAUUCAAAUUUUACUUUUUCACAAAGCAUUUGGGUUGCUUAUUUUGUAUGAUUACAAUGAAAAUACUAAUUAAAAUUGACCGCAGAAAGAAGACAUACUUAUCCUAACAUCCUUUGUCCCAAUCACCAAAAAGUGUGCAUCGAGUAACAACUUUAAAUAGGAUAAGGUUACAUCAAUUAUGGCACAUUAUAGCUUACAUCUGGAUGUCGUGAUUUGUCUUGUUCAAUACUGAAAUUCAGUUUAUGUAAGAUACUGUAAAUUGUAAUAAAUAAAACUUAAUUUGUUCAUACUACGUAGUCCUGUGAUUAAAAAUGGCUUGAUUGAAUUGCAUAUUCUUUGCUGUGUAUGAUGUACAAAUAAACAUUGCUACAAAGCUU